AUGCCCGCCUUUUCUCGACUGGUCCGUUUCCUGGCCAAGGACGGAAUCACGUACUACGGCGAUGCCAUUUUGCCUGCUGGUGCCAAGGACAUUUCCAAGGCCAAACAGGCGCGGGUCGUGACAGGUGACAUCUUUGGACAGCACAAUGUCACCGAUAAGGUGGCCGACAUCCGGUUACUACUGGCGCCCCUCGCGCCGGAGCACGUCCGGACGGUGCGGUGUCUGGGCCUGAACUACGCCAACCAUGCCAAGGAGUCCAACAUGGCUAUUCCGACGUACCCCAUCCUCUUUUACAAACCCGCCACGGCCCUGACCGGUCCCUCGGACCCCAUCACCAUACCGCCCAUCGCCCAGACCGGCAGCACGCUCGACUACGAGUGCGAGCUUGUCAUCGUCAUCGGCAAGCAGGCGACAGACGUUUCCGAGGAAGACGCCCUUGACUACGUGCUCGGCUACGCCGUCGGCAACGACGUUUCGCACCGCGACUGGCAGAUCAAGCGCGGCGGCGGUCAGUGGUCUCUUGGCAAGGGAUACGACGGAUGGGCGCCGUGGGGCCCGGGCAUUGUGACGGGCGCCGCCAUUGGCGACGCGCAAAGGUUGCGCAUCUCAACCAAGGUCAACGGGCAGACGGUGCAGAAUCAGACAACGGCGGAUAUGAUCUUUGGCAUUCGAAAGACCAUCUCGCUGCUGAGUCAGGGGACGACGCUCGUGCCGGGUGAUAUCGUUUUCACGGGAACUCCGGAGGGUGUUGGCAUGGGCCGCAAGCCGCAGGUGUGGCUGAAAGAUGGCGAUGUAGUUGAAGUUGGGCUGGAAAAUGUCGGUGUCUGCACGAAUAAGGUUGAAUUUGGACAGGUCAAGACAAAGGCUAAGUUCUAG